AUGGUUUCACUGCUCCUGAAUGAAACGCAGUGUCGUGGUAGUGCGUAUAUCUUUAGAGCAAGUACUCGAGGCACGAGACAAAGGCGUCGCCGCUUCCGUAUCAGUCCGCAUACCCGCACGCGCAGCCGUGCAAUGGAAUGCUGGCUCUGCGUAAUCUUACGUGUGUCAAGCCACGACGCGAAGUAUCCGAGACCUUCGCGUCUUGAAGCAUUGCAACGUCAAAUUUUGAAUAGUAGACCGACGGACUCACCAGGACUGUUACGAGAACUCGGUGAAGUCGAAGUGAUCACCUCACGAUAG